AUGUUUGAAACCAAUUAUCGGGUCUUUUUUGCGAAAUCUGUGGCUCGUCUACUUACACCUCCUUUACUCAUUGCCUACUUCAUUUCUCGGUUCUUCUUAGGCCCACUCGAUGCUCUCUUUGCCCCUUUCUUCUACCUUCUCGUUUCUCUCAUUUGGGCCACCUUUGUGGUCCAGUCUGAGAGACUCUACCAACGCUUCGAUGCACGUAGGCGAGGCGCUGUUCUCGUACCUGAAGUUAAGGGGCGCUUGCCUGGGAACAUUGAUAUAAUUUUCCGCUCUCUUCGCUGUGCCAGAGAAGGCUAUCCUCUCUCUGACGAUGAAGAGCGUUUUGAGGAGCUCAAUGCUGACACAAUUAACUUGCGUCUUCUGUGGAGUGACAUCAUUCUGACUCGCGAGCCGCAGAUUGUUCAGAGUAUUCUCGCCACAAAUUUCAUCGAUUUCGAGAAGGGCCUCUGUUCAAAGUUCGGUUUUCUCUUCGGUUUAUUUGGCGAUGGGAUUUUUAACAAUGAUGGGGAGGACUGGAAAGCUCAUAGGGCUUUGACGCGCCCAUUCUUCGCUAGAGAGCGUGUCCGUGAUUAUGAUCUCUUCUCCAAGUAUUCGAACAUAGCUAUAUCCCUUAUUCAGCAUCGUUCUCUCCAGAAUGAGUCUCUUGAUGUUCAGGACCUCUUCGGACGAUUGACUCUUGAUGCUGCUGGAGAGUUCCUCUUUGGCACAACUGAUCUUCAAACGUUGUCUCUCCCACUGCCUCCUUCCGCUAAACGUUCGAAGCUUGGGCCCAAGGGCACGCAGCCAGAUGAUACCGUCGCCGUAGGAACCUAUUCAGGAUUCGUACGCGCUUUCGAACAAAUUCAGGUCUCGAUAAUCCAUCGAUUUCGAGUUGGUCCACUGUGGCCUCUCUUUGAAUGGUUCAAAGACUCUACGCAAGAGCAUAACGAAGCCAUUGACGCGUGGAUCGCGCCUCUUAUUACGCAGGCUCUUGAAAAUAAGAAGAUGCGAGCCGGGAAAGGGCUGACCUUGGAAGAAGGCUCAUUGACGGACCAUUUGGCCGAAUCUACGACGGAUGUGAAACUCAUUAGGGAUGAACUGAUGAAUAUCUUGCUUGCUGCUCGUGAUACGACUGCUAGCCUGUUGACUUUUAUGUGUUAUUUCCUUGCAAUUUAUCCCGAGGUACUGAAGAAACUGCGUGAGGAGAUUUUGACUUCGCUUCCGAAGGAAUCUCCGUCGUAUGAAGACAUGCGUAAUCUGAAAUAUUUGCGUGCAUGCUUGAACGAGACUCUUCGUCUCUUCCCGCCAGUUCCAUACAACGCACGCGCAUCGGUCAAAGCUACAACUCUUCCUCGCGCGUCUCCAUUGGAAAGGCCUUUUUACAUGCCUGGUCCUCAUGCCAGCAUCUCCUAUCCCACCUUGCUCAUGCAUAGGAGGAAAGAUCUGUGGGGAGAAGAUGCAGACGAUUUCCUACCGGAACGAUGGCUUGAUGCGAAGCGCCUUCGGGAAUUGACCAUGGAUCCAUUCAGAUUCUUACCUUUCAAUGCAGGCCCCAGGAUUUGCUUGGGACAAAACUUUGCUUACAAUGAAGCCAGUUUUGUCAUGGUCAAACUUCUUCAAAACUUUGACACAUUUGAACUUCGGCAAAAGCAGGAUGCUCCCGAGGGUGCGCUCCCUCCUGAGUUUUGGAAAAACUUAAGUGGUCGUGCUGCGUGUGAACAGGUGUGGCCCCAGAACGCAAUUACCUUGUAUGCUAAGGUUCGCACCCGCGCCUUUUUGAUCCGGAGAGAAACUAACAUUCAUUUUCAAACAGGGAGGAGUAUGGAUCUAUAUGGGCAUGUCAACGUCCCAAGAAUGAUAACGUUAUCAAGUCCGUACUAA